AUGUAUGGAGUACUCCAUUGUAAGUCUAUGGCCUAUAAGUACCCAAAAAAUUCACAAACAACUACUGAAUUAUACAAAGAGUACACAAAUUGCGUGAAAACGCGUUACGAUAAACAGCACCGGAAUGUGAGGCCUACCGAUAGUAUCGCCGAUAAUCUCAUUGAACGGCACAGACGUUCUGUAUUAGAGGGGGAGGGCAUGCGAUUCAAAAAGGAUCCCAUACUUGAUGAGGAGGGGAUGCGCUUCAAAAAGGACACCCUUUUGGACGACGAGGGCAUGAGGUUCAAGAAGUCGGUGCUGGAGGGGGAGGGCAUGCGGUUCAGGAAAAACGACCGAAUGCUGGACGAGGAGGGCAUGCGAUUCAGAAAGAAGUCCGUUUUGGACGGGGAGGGCAUGAGGUUUAAGAAGGCGUCCAUUUUGGACGACGAGGGCAUGCGUUUCAAAAAGGCCUCCAUUUUGGACGACGAGGGCAUGAGGUUCAAGAAGUCGGUGCUCGACGGCGAGGGUAUGCGCUUCAAAAAGGACAACCUUCUGGACGAGGAGGGCAUGCGAUUUAAAAAGGCCUCCAUUUUGGACGACGAGGGCAUGCGGUUCAAGAAGUCGGUGCUGGACGGGGAGGGCAUGCGAUUCCGGAAGUCCGUGUUGGACGGGGAGGGCAUGCGGUUCAAGAAGCUGAUGGCCAACCAGUUGUCGCGCCUACGGAAGUAUAAGUACGUGCCGUUGGACGACAUGGACGAGCGCCGGGAUCAGGACGGCGGCACUAGUAGUGAUAUACUUGAAGGUGAAGGGAUGAGAUUUAAGCGAGCACAUUUCAAUGGUGAUGGUGGGGACACUGAUAAUGGUGGUGGUGGCACCGAUACGUACUAUAUGAGUAGCCCUAGUCAUAAUAAGCACCGUUAUGUUAAGCAUAGGCUCCACAGUGACAAUGACUACCGGAGUUAUUAUAAUUUACUCAAUCGUAGGGUUAAACCAAUUUAUAUAUUAUAUAGAAGAAAAUGAGCGGGCACAUAUUAUUUAUAAUUAUUUAUGUUAUGCUGCC